AAACUGGGAUAAGGACUAUCAAUACCAGGCAUUAUGAGAGAAGGAGUGGACUGACCUUUAAGAGUUUUAUUCCUGCAAUCCAGACCCUGUAAAAAAUACAAUAAAACCAUUAGUGACUCAACAGGAGGCGAAGAUUUGUUGGACAUCAGCUUGUGCCAGCGGAGGUUAUGGUUCAGUUUUGAAAAGGAGAUUUGUGGAUUCUCUGGAAUACACCUAUAUUGUUAUCCAGGUUAACGUUGGACGGAAUGGAUACGUAAGAGAUAAGGACCCAACAUUCAGAAGCUAUUCCUGAUUAGCUAACUAGUCAUCUAUUAUUCUGCACGUUUGCGUGUGUUUGCAUUGGCUUGUUUAUCAGGGUGUGUCUUUAUAGAUGUGUCCAGGUAAGCUUUGUGGGGUUUAAAAGCAGGUGUGCAUUAGUUGGCCCUCCCUCAUCCUCCCUCAGAAUGAGAGAUGAGCGCAGCCAUCUCAUUUGCUGAUCAGAUCACGGACAGAUUAUCAGUCUAAAUGAGCAUUAGAAGUCGUCGAGCUCUGGGGUGUCUGAAUAACGUGCUCUGCGUGUGAAUACUGGCGGGGAAACAAGCUUUUUGGACUUUUUGGACUUUAGUUUGACACAAUCUCACCUUUAGACCGGGCAGCACAGUAGAGCUGAUAUCAGGACUGUAACUUCAACCAGAAGAUAGGGUUCUCUGCUUGCGGUGACCCUGAAACGGGAUCGGCUGGAAUGACUUUUAAAGGAUACUCCAUCUCUUUCUCUGGCUGAACGUGUCGUUAGACCUAUUUGUGACUCUUAGUCAGUGCUGCCAUGUAUGUGCUUUGCACACUGGUGUUGCUGUCUCUCCACAACCUGUUUAAGAGACCCAAAGUCCAGGAACCCUUUGAACCCAAGGCUAUUGAGGGUCCCGAGCAGCACAGACCAGAUGUUCCCAAACUGGGUCGCAAGAAGAGGAACAAGCACCACUUUCAUGAAGGUUCUGGACCGGUAGAGACCUCAAGAGUGUCUAGACAGCAUGACUUUGAAAGAUGCUUGGAUGGACCCAGCAGAGCAAGUAAAAGAAGAUCUGUGCACCUGGAUAAUGCGCAUGAGAGGAGAAAGAAAUCACAGCCGGUCCAGCGGUGUGGUCUGCUCGGCCCUGCGGUCAUGUACGGCACAAGAAAGACCUGGGACGUCGGCCACACCCCCUGCCUGCAGGAGCUUUGGAACAAAGACCUCUCAUUGGAUGUUUCAGCGAGUUCCCUGGAUAUCCUGAUGAGUGAUGGUGAGGAGGAGAGCUCCUUCCUCUCGUUGCCCAACACUGUCCUUCAGCGCCACUGUUUGACCUCUGACCUCUCUGAAACGGCCACCUCAGAACAGCAGAAGCUGCUCAUACAGACUCUGCAAGAGAGAGUUUGUGAGUUCCAGGCACGUUUGCGAAGCGAAGACGCUGCAAAAAGACUCCUGCUGCAGCGACUGCAGACACACGACCGCCAGCUCAACCAAGACAUCCACCAGAACGACGAACAUUCGUCCAUUAACCAAGAACCUCGAGAGCAGCUCAGACUGCAGGACGGCCAGCUCAACCAAGCUGCGUCACCGACAGGUGUGAGGAGCUCUGGUGUUUUGACACAGAGACCUGUGGAUUUUCCCAGUGCUGUGCAAGUGAGUAAAGUUCACUCACAGGAGCAACUGCAAAAAGACAAGGGAGAACAACUUGCUCUCAUUACAGGGCUGCGCACACAGGUCAAGGAGCUGGAGGAGAAACUAUUGGAUCAGACGCAGGAGGUGGAGAGACUGCGCUCUGAGCUGGGGGCGACAGAUCUGGAGAAACAGCUCGAGGUGCUGGAGAGUGAGAACCAGCGGCUCAAACAGGAGCUGAAGGCCAGUCAGACUCAGACCAGCUGCUCUACCAGCCACUGCCCACACAGCCAGGAUGUGGAGGCCCUGCGAGGAGAGCUGUGUCGUAAGGACGAGGAGUGCCGCGAGCGGGAGCGGAGGCUGGCUGCGCUGGAGCAGCAGGUGCAGGAGAGGACGGGUGUAGUAGUUCAGCUGCAGCAGCAGCUGGAGGAGGCGGCGCAGCGCAGACACCAGAUCCAGCUGCAGCUUGAGGAGGCGUCACGUCUCAGGAGCCAGAGCGAGGAGCAGCUGACCUCACGGCUUCAAGACGCCGAGGAGGCUCUGUCUCGCCAGGCUGUUUUGACACCACACGUCAAGAUUGUGACCAAGACGGUUGAAGUGGAGUCUGCUCAAUGUAAGCAGGCUUUGAUGGAGGCUCAGGCCCGUAACCAGGCUCUUCAGGAGCAGCUGAGCGUCCAGAGGCAGCUCCUCAGAGAGCUGGAGCAGCAGCUGCACGAGUCGCAGAGAACCAGCAGUCAGCUCCGCCAGCAGCUGAGGACGGACCGCGGCCGUCUGUAUGGCCUGCUCUCCAAGGCGGUGGGUGGGGGUAACAACGAGGUCACCCACAGGCUCUCCAAGAUCCUGGUGUAUGAGGGUGAGAUGGAGAGAGCUCAGGGUCAGCUGGAGGCAGAGAUGCAGAGUCUGGAGGAGGAGAAGAACCGAGUGAUCGAGGAAGCUUUCAUCAGAGCCGAGAGUGAGAUGAAGGCUGUCCAUGAGAACCUAGCAGGUGUGCGGAUGAACCUCCUGACGCUGCAGCCGGCUCUGAGAACCCUCACCUGCGAUUACAACUGUCUGAAGAGACAGGUGCAGGACUUCCCUUACAUGCUGGAGAAAGCCAUCUCUGAGGCGAAGCAGGAGAUCUGUCAGGUGAUUGGCGAGGUGAGCAGCGCGAACCAAGAGCUGCUGCGCAAGUACAAGCGAGAGAUGAACCUGAGGAAGAAAUGCCACAAUGAACUGGUGCGCCUCAAAGGAAACAUCCGCGUGUUGUGCCGAGUACGUCCCAUAUGUGCUGGAGAAACGGAUGCUGCUGACACCAAAAACAUAGUGACCUUUGACCCUGACGAUGAUGCUGUUCUUAUCUUGUCUAAUAAGGGCAAGCUCAUGACCUUUGAACUUGACAAAGUCUUUCCCACUCAGGCCACUCAGGAGGAGGUGUUCCAGGAAGUGCAGUCUCUGGUCACUUCCUGUAUUGAUGGCUUUAACGUAUGCAUCUUUGCCUAUGGGCAGACCGGCUCUGGAAAGACCUAUACCAUGGAGGGUGUCCCUGAAGACCCUGGCAUUAACCAGCGUGCUCUGCGGCUGCUCUUCUCUGAAGUGUCUGAGAAAAAGCCUGACUGGGACUACAAGAUCACUGUCAGCAUGGUGGAGAUCUACAAUGAGACACUUCGAAACUUGUUGGGCGACAAUCCCAACGAGAAGCUGGAUAUAAAGAUGUGUCCGGACGGCAGUGGACAGCUGUAUGUGCCAGGACUCACUGAGUUCACCGUGGAGAGCGUGGAGGACAUUAACAAGGUGUUUGACCUGGGUCACAUGAACCGAGCGACAGCAUGCACCAAUCUAAACGAGCACAGCUCUCGCUCUCACGCUCUCCUUAUCGUCACAGUGGCGGGUUUCAACUCAUCCACGGGCCACCGCACCUCAGGUAAGCUCAAUCUGGUGGAUCUGGCGGGUUCUGAGCGGAUCGCCAAGUCCGGUGCCGAGGGCAGCCGCCUGCGCGAGGCUCAGUGCAUCAACAAAUCGCUGUCUGCGCUGGGCGACGUCAUCAACGCCCUGCGCUCCAGACACUCGCACGUGCCCUUCAGGAACUCCCGCCUCACGUACCUGCUGCAGGACUCGCUCAACGGAGACAGCAAGACCCUCAUGAUGGUGCAGGUGUCUCCUCUGGAGAGUAACGUCAGCGAGUCGGUUUGCUCUCUGAAGUUCGCUCAGCGUGUACGGACAGUUGAGAUCGGGCCCUCGUCUUCAUCACGCCGCCAAGCGGAGAACUCCUCAACAUCCUCCUCUCCGACUCAUGACAGCGUGGAGCUGGACUCUCCUCCCGUGACCCCUGUGCCGCUCCCCAUCUCGAGGGCCAGCAGCGCAGGCUCAACCCUCUCCUCCAACUCUAAGACCCCCACAACCCGACGGCGGUCCCACAGUCAGCUGUCCACAGAUAGACAGGUAGACAGAAGCAGCCCAUUGGUUGGGGACGGUGGGCAGGACGAAUGAAGUUGACGGCGUGAGAAACGCCUCAGAGGGUCCAUCCUCCAAACCUCUCGACCAAUCAGCUCCUUUCUCGAACGAACCAAUGAUAGACCUUGCUCUGCUGCAGGGGAGGAGCUUAACCGGCAAAUCAAGGUUGAUGCUGGGAACUCUAAUGACUGAAGCGAUGUUCCUCUCGAUUGGAACAAGCGACGUAAUUUUCAGAUGCGAUACGUGAUUGAAACCAAUCAACACUCCCGCUGACCUCUCGACAACACCUGCUGCCUCAGGACGAGAAGACCCUUCUGACAUGGAUAAGUAUUUCUGGGCAAUAACGCACUUUAGUCUAGUCUAGGCUGUCAUUUGUAAUGUUGAUGUUACGUAAAUGCGAUUCGAUUUCUAGAUGCUUGAAUGUACGUGUAUGUAUAUAUUCGUGUGUCUGAGCAAGAUUUUAAUUUUUAACCCUCGAUCUUGAAGAGAUCUUUCUUUCGCUUUUGUUUUUUUGUUUUUCUGCAAGAACAAGUACAAAUCUCACACCCCGUAAGCUUCGAACAAAUCUGUGUUUCAUAGUGGCAAUAAGAAAUAAUGCAAACGUGCAGUAGCAUUUCAUGUUUUUGAAUAUAGAAACCCGAAGGCCGUCGAAAGCCCGGACGUCUUCCUGAUCAAUGCAUGCGUUCAGCGCUCAUCCAUUUUAGGACAAUCAUUAACAGUUUUUGUGCGGUGAAGUCAAACCAUGACGGUAUACAGUGUUUGCUGAACGGGACGAGGACUAGAUCUGUAUAUAGAGAUGCAUUCGGUGUGACCCCACGCUGAGAACAUUCAUCUGGAACCGUUUCUGGGGUCUUGCUUGCUCGUAUUCACAUUGGUGUACGUUUGUAUGCAGUUUCGUUUUUGUACACGGUUUUUAAUAAAUGCUCCAAACCAAACUUUA